AUGGCAACCGUAGCAGCAGUCACUUCCUCCUCGCUGCUCCGUGGCCCGUCCGUGAGCCGUGAUAUCAGCCGCAGCUCCGGCCAAUUGGGCCAUCGCCGGAAGGCAAGGUCCCUCACCGUCCGGGCGGCCAAGCUCCCUGCCGGAGUAAGUUCUCCCGAACCCUAAUUGCAGAUGCAAACUGUCGUCUUCUCCACCCCCGUCAUGGGGAUGGAGAGGAGGAGGAAGAUUCUGAAAUGGAUUCUCAGGUGGAGAUGCCAAAGGUUGAGCCGAAGCUGACGGUGGCCUUUUGGGGCUUCACCACGACGGCGGAGAUCUGGAACUCCAGGGCUUGCAUGAUCGGCCUCAUCGGGACCUUCAUCGCGGAGCUGGUGGGUUCCUCUCCUCCACACUCUUCCUUCUCCUCGGCGGGCGCCAUUAGCUUCUCCUCCGGGUUUCUGAUGCUUCCGAGUUCCGGCGGCGUUUCUCACAGAUCUUGCACAGAGGGAUCCUGACUUUGAUCGGGGUGGAGGUUGGGAAAGGCUUGAAUCUCCCACUCUGA